GAUUGCAGAACAGCAAAAGUUCAGUGCGCUUCAGAUCGAAAUCCCCCGUGUAUUUGUCUGUGAAAUUCAAUGGACUAUGGAAUGUGUUGAACCAAUAUUUCAGGACACAUCCAUACGACCACCAAGGAUCGACUAAUUUCUUUAGUGCCUGGUGUAAAUUUUGAGUGAAAUCGGAACUGAAAACGUCCCUAUGAUAAAGAACGAAGGCAGGAAAACAGAGAGCUUUAAGUUGUCUUAACUGACCCAUAACUUUCAGGACAAGAUAUCUCACUGGCGUUGUUGAAGGACGACGUGUUGGGCCAACAGUGCACGCCACACGACGAAUAUUCUCACUGGAGAUAGGACCGUGGAUCUCCGUAUAAGAUAGUAAAGCAUAAAAUGAUUGUGUUUUGAUUAGAAGCCAGAUGAAUAUGGCUUUUCGAUUGUGGUUUGCUUUUAUACUGCUUGCCAUCGUCGGCCAGUCAGGAGGACUGAACAUGACGAUUUGUUACUGGUGAGCGUACCUGCAGGAGUUUUCUUUAUGUGAAGUGGACAAAAUACGAAAUGGCUUUGACAGAAAAUGGAAAGCUGAGCUUUACAUAUGACGACACUCUCGCCAACAAUAUGUAUUUGCCUGGUUCACUUCUUGACGAUGCUGUAGCAGUCCUGCAUGUGUUUUGGUUGCCACUGAUGAUAGCAUUGGGCGUGGUUGGGAACUUAUUGUGCAUCUUAACGGUCACGACGAAAACUAAUCGGAAAAGUUCUGGAACUGUCUAUGUUACAGCGUUGGCGGUGUGUGACUUAUGUCUCCUAAUCACUGUCGGGGUCCCGUCGAUUUUGUCUCGGGAAUUACCGGAAAAAAUUGACCUCGAGACGGCAAAUAUUAUUAUCCUUUUCCUCUGUUUGACGCUUUUCACUGUCUCUCAUUGGUUGAUUGUUUUGUUGACCUUCGACCGGCUGCUCACGUUGCAGAACCAUGCGUCUGCGUGCGUAAAGUCAUGGUGCACCGUGCUAAGCGCUUCGGUCACAUCUGCCCUCGUUUUACUCAUUUUCUCCAUCACAAGUCUUUUGACGAUUUAUCGAAUCGAUUUUAAAGUCCGCCAAAAACUAGGAGGCCAGUCGGAGGAACUGAUUUUCAGCGAAUUUGCAUGGAUGAAAUUUCUACCAGAACCUGAUUUAAGUGCUCUGAUUAUUUUCAUAAACCUUGUCGCCAUCAGCAGGAGUCGGAAUCCUUUCAAUGGUAUUCCCAAAUAUGUGGAAACAUAAGGCUUACAAUCAAUCAGCAUUAGAAAUUUCACUUUACAAUAUCUCCAGCUAUCUAUUCCAGAUGGUGUAUUUGCUCCUCUUUUUAAACCUGCCGAUAAAGUUUUAUUUGUACGUUUUAAUUUCUCCAAAAUUCCGGCGAGAUGUUGGAAAGUUAAUUUGUGCAGGGGGUGUUUCGAAAAGAGAGCAGGGGCGUGUGGCAUCUUGAUCACCAAGGCUUAUGCAUCUCAUCAACCUGGCUACGUUUAACGGGGGUACAGACCAUGAGGUUCAGGAUGGAUGUGUGGCUGUGUAACCACAGAUGUCAUGACCCUGCUCAUCAUUCCGCGCAGUUCAAGUAGGGUAAUGAGGCAGUCCGUCUCAUAACAUUGUCUUAUAUCUGUGUGGAGAAAGGAUUCUGCUAUUCAAGAGGACCUUCUUUCAAAGAAAUGGCGAUUGGCUCAGGUAUGUACUUGAACGUCGCCACUGCUUUAGCGGGGGUUUAAAGUGGAACCGUGAGGAACCUAGAAUAUCUAGGGUCAGCAAUUGAGCAAUUUAAGUACAACUAAUGACACUUCCAACAUUUCUGAACAGCGAUUACAACGACUGAACAUCUCAUUGGAAAGAAUGCCGUGAGGGCACGGUCUCAGUUCAACUACUUUUAUGACAGGAUCAGGGACAAAAACGCAUAUUUUUGCAAUGUCGUCUUUGAAGAUACUUUUUCUUGCUUUCGGCUUCUUUCUUAAUCUAGAAGCCUGCAUGUUACCGCUGGAUGUUGUCGGACGCUGGACGCAAGAGGGUUCCGACAACUAUAUUACGGUCAAUCAGCAUGCCAUCAACAGCGUUGCAGGAUCAGUAAGGAGAGUCCUCACUUGUAUGGGCGAAAACGGCAGGGGACAAUAUCUCGUCAAGAAGCUUCAAUACAGCCAGUCAAGUCGGUCACCCGGUGCCUUUAGAUGCUUCCUGUUUUCAUUGUCAGCAGGACAACUGACGAUAGAAUGGCAAGGUCCUUGGACAGCAAAAACUAUUCAUGUCCCAGACAUGGGCAAAGUCUGUGAUGAAGCCAAAGUUUCCACUACGGUCUAUCAAAAGUAAUCUCACAAGAGAUGCCCACAACCGAAGACGACAAACGAAAUACGGUUUCACAGUGUUCACUGUACAGCUGCCACUGUGACGUUUCUUUUGGGGGACGACUGUACUGAUAUCAACGAGUCUUUCGAAAACUUUCGUUGAAUACCUCGUUUUCGGAUUCAUGCAACAAAGCAUAUAAGGCCACCUCUUCAGGAUAACUUUCCCACAACUAUACGAGUACACCCCGGAUGCAGUGGACCGGCCUCUCCCCUUCCCUUCGGAUGUGUUUUUAGGACGGUGAAUGGAAUGUCUCAGGAGUUCAUUUUUGAGAGGUUGCACACCCGGUAUCUUUCAAAUUCAACUGAUUUGGGCCGACAUGAACGCGCACAUUUUUAUAUUGAUGAAAAACGUGCGAGGAGAAACCCACACAAGGCUUUUAAGGCAAAAAGUGAUGUUCUGCCCCCCCCCCCUGCGCCAAGAGCCUACUGCCCUACUUCUUAUAUGUACUUGUAUAAAGGAUAUUGAAAAGGUGUAGAAUAUGAGUGUGAAAUGUUAACCUGGUUAACACUUAAUCAAGAUCCUGAUGAUGCCUUCUUUUGCGGCAAAUACUGUCCCCCAGGACGAUAAGAAAGAAGUUUUAACAAGAUAAUUUCUCCAGUUGAUCAUCUUUAUUUGCAACUGAAAAUCAAUGUUCUCCAAGUCUCAUAUUUGCAACCUUGAAGCUUACAGUACUGAAUUAGGU